UACAAGAGGUUCCUGUACUGUGUAGUCUGCAGUGUAGCACAAUGUUUAGGAAACUUUUUAUUUUGCUGUUUCUCAUCAUUAUUUUUCACCAUGACCCCGCUGACGCACAGAAGAAGAAAGAGACUCUGCUCUCAGAGAAGAUGACUCAGAUGAUGGAAUGGGCCUCCAAGCGCUCCGUCAUCAGGAUGAAUGGAGAUAAGUUCCGUCGCUUUGUCAAAGCUCCUCCCAGAAACUACUCUGUGGUCAUCAUGUUCACAGCCCUGCAACCACAGAGGCAGUGUGGAGUUUGUAGACAAGCUGAUGAAGAGUUCCAGGUGCUGGCUAACUCUUGGCGUUAUUCAUCUGCCUUCACUAACAAAGUCUUCUUUGCAUCAGUUGAUUUUGAUGAAGGAUCAGAUGUCUUCCAGAUGCUAAAUAUGAAUUCUGCUCCGACCUUCCUCCACUUCCCAUCCAAAGGGAAACUUCGUAAGUCUGAUACGUACGAGCUUCAGGUCCGAGGCUUUGCAGCUGAGCAGCUGGCUAGAUGGGUGGCAGACAGGACUGAUGUGCAGAUCCGGGUCAUUCGUCCUCCAAACUACGCAGGGCCUCUUCUUCUGGGCUUCCUCUUGGCUGUGAUUGGUGGACUGGCAUAUUUGAGAAGACACAAUUUGGAGUUCCUCUUUAACAACAAUGUCUGGGCCUUCUCUGCACUGUGUUUCGUCCUGAUCAUGACUUCAGGCCAGAUGUGGAACCACAUCAGGGGACCACCUUAUGCACACAAAAACCCCAGCACUGGACAAGUUAGUUACAUCCACGGCAGCAGUCAGGCUCAGUUUGUGGCAGAGACACACAUCGUCCUACUGUUCAAUGCUGCUGUUACCAUGGGAAUAGUGCUGCUGUGUGAGGCUGCUACCUCUGACAUGGACAUUGGAAAGAGGAAGAUCAUGUGUGUUGCAGGUAUUGGUCUGGUGAUGCUGUUUUUCAGCUGGCUGCUAUCCAUCUUCAGAGCAAAGUACCAUGGAUACCCAUACAGCUUCCUGAUGGGUUAGAGCUUCACAGCAUCCUGCAGCUUCACAGCAAGUAUUACAUUGAGCAGCAGAUGUUCCCAGGAAGGGCUGUCAACAUGUAGAGUGCUCUCCAUGGCAGCAAUACCACAUUACUGUUAAGCCAUGAUUUGUCUCUGAUCCUUUGAGCCAAAAGUGUGUAAAUACACAUACACACACUGUGCCUUUGCAAAGACUCAACAAGCAAAUUACCAACAGGAGAGCCCUCAUCACUCGGUGCAUUCUAAACUGUGUUGUGUCAAAAACUGAAAAAAAAAUCUGACUCUCUGAAAUGUAUUGAUUUGUCCUAGUUAUACAUACAAAUCUCAGUCUGUAACUUAUUUUUCAAACUUUUGGGACCAUAAACAGGUCAUGGACUCAGACUUGUUUGUUUAGUUGUGUGUGUGUGUGUGUGUGUGCGUGUGGCUGAUCUUGAACCAGGAUAAGUAGCAGGAGCGGAUGUUUCAGGCUUUCUGAUAGUAGAUAGAUUUGGUAACAUCUUAUUUUACAGAGCCUGUAAUAUUCUCAUCCUGUCUUAAGAUGUUUUCUGCAAUACAUUUUGAUACUUAAUCUUUUUUUACUGAGAUAUCAUAAACAGUAAGAACCCACUCAUUUAUUCAAGUUUGAAGUUGCAGUUCACCUACAUUUAAUCACCACUAGUGAAUCAUAUCAUUAGAAACGUUGUCUUCCUGUUGAAUUGUAUACUUGGUUGUAAUUUUACCAGCACAUGGAAAGGCAAUUUUUACAUUUUUUGCAUUUUCAGCUGCCCUGCUGUGCUCUCACUAAAUGGCUCUAGACUAAAUGAUGCUAGAAAUAAAUGGUCAAAUGUACCAAUCAACCCAUGAAUUGGCAUCAAAUUCCACCAUUCUGUUCCGCACCCCUCAUUAGUAUUUACACCUAUAUAUCAGUUGAUUUCUUACACAGUAUCUACAGGUCUGGAUAUGCUAAAUGAGAUUCAUACUGUUUUGUUUUCUGUCAGCUCAUGACUGGCUUGGCUUGUGGAAACUCUGCAACACAGUAAAGGAGGAAAAGAUUAGGGAGUGGUAGUAUUUUACAUUUACAUAGAGUAACACAAGCAGCUUAGAGUCAGUGAGGCUGUAGGAACAACUACAUUUCUGUAGACUUCAACUUCAACAACUUCUGAUUUCUGUUGCAGUUGUGAGUAACUGUAAAUGGAGCUGUACUCCAUCUCUCCUAGCAACCUGUACAAUGUGUACAUCUGCUGUCAACACACACUGCAACAUGCCUUUCCAGCUCCUGACGGAAAAAUAACAUUUCUGACAUUUCCUCCAACAGUUUUAGUUUUUCCUGUAAAUGACAAAAAAAACAUUUUAGUCCCAUCAACAACACAGGACCUCAAGAUCUGCUAAUGAAGCAGGACUGCUUGAUAUGGCUGCAUUUCUAUAGUGCUUUCAUCUAAAACUAAUAUAUAUAAAUGUUAAUUUUCUUUAAGGUUCGGGUCAAUUCACAAUUUUAAUAGUUUUUUGUUUGGCUGGAAAAUGCAGGAUUGAAACUUUUUUAAAGACAGUUGAAUAAGAAGUGAGAAUAAUAAAAGACCUGAACAAGUAGCCAGUCUUUCAUUAUUGUGUAUAACAUACAGGUCAUCACACAGCUGCUGACUGUUAGCCUGAGCACAGCUAUCCAGUCUGUUUACUCAUUUUGAUCCAUCACUUCAGUGUCUUUCUAAAGGACACAAACAUGUGAACAGGAGAAUCUGGAGUUCAAACCCAGUGACACCAUGAAGGCCUCAUCAUGUCUGUUGAUAUUGUUUGCUUAAUUGUCCAUUAGUGGUGCAUACUCCAACAAAUGUUCAGUUAAAUCAGCACAAACUAGUGGAGACACAGUUAGACCAGAGCUGUUGGUGGACUGGGAAUAUUCAGGUUUCUAUAGGUGUGUUUUGCUCCCCUUCACAGCCACAAAGGCUCAUGGGAAGUGGAGUUUUUAGAAUGUGUCAUUAUUAAUGUGUUAUUAGUACCAAAGGUACAGAGAACAAGAUUUCAUAGAAAUACAAACCAGAGUGACUAAUGGUCAUAACAUAACCCUAUAAAUGUUGUUUAAUGCUAACACUGAGGUCAUCAUAGCAUUUAUUAUAACAAUUUUGGAAAAUGUAAUACACUUGUGUCCAUCAGUGGAGGAAAAUGUAUUUUAUAUGAAUUACAGGUUUAGUGGUUGCAGAAAAAACCUAAGCGAACUACUGAACAGCCCUGCUAAUUUACCAAUAGUGCUGUUCAAACAGGUUGGACAGGUGCUGAUUUAACUGUGUCCUGUGUUUGGAGGAUGUUAGAUCGUAUUGUGUUAUACAGAGAGAUGCUUCUGAUGUUUAUUUGAUGUGAACAACUGAAUUCUGUAAUUAUUUUAUACCCUUACUUUAGUAAAAAGGUGAGAGACAAAGAAGGUUAAUAAGUUAAUAAAUAAGUUAUUAAAGCAGAGAGCCGUCACUCACAGCAGUAUGAGGUAGUGUUGUUCAGACAAGUAGAGGCAGUAGUAGUGGGAACAGCAUCACCAUCUCUCUAUUCUCCAUUCAUUUUCAGCAGCUCAAGUGUUUCUUCUAAACUGUCAAAUGAGAAAUAACCAUUAGUUUUUUCAGUCAAAUCUCCUCUACUAUGAUUGAAGUCAUGUUAGGAUUAAUCAAUUUAUUUUUGUUCUUUCCUGCUGUUUAAAAUG